CCGCGGGCAAUUUUGGCAUCCAUAGGCCGAACGGACGUUCCAGUUCGCUUCGCUCUCCUCCUCAGGCGAAAAGCCGCGGGCCGCGGGCCAGCCCAUAACGAAAACCAGCGUCUAGUCCACCCAGCUAAGCCAGGGGAGGCGAACGCAACCGCAAGAGACUACCGAGGGAGGAGGCAGCCGCAAAAAGGAACCAAUUAACUAGAAAAUUUAUUCUCGCGUGCGACGAAACCUCGAGACGCCGAGGCAGACGAGACGAGGGAAGGGGGAGACCGAGGGCAACCAAGCCUGCGAGGAGCCCGCGUCCGAAUCUCGCGAUCCCCAAUCCGCAGGCCUCGAUUCGCCGAUCCGGCCGCGGCAGGGGGAGAGAUCCCGCAGAUCGGGGACCUCGUGCUGCUUCGAUUCGAGCUUCUUCCAGCUGACAGUCGCCCGUCCGCCCCCCGUGCUGGUCCGCGAGCUGCUGUGUGCUGCCUGGUGGUAGGUAGGUGGUUAGGCGAAGCGGGCCGUGCCCGGGUGAUGCUGUCCGUGAGGCGGCGGCAGGAGGAUGCGGGCGGCCGCGUAGCGGCAGCGCAGACGCAGCAGCUCCGGGGCGGACUCGGCAUGGACGACGACGCCGAGCUCGAGGAGGGGGAGGCCUGCGGGGACGACACCGCCUUCGUCGACCCCGACGUCGCGCUCUCUUACAUUGACGAAAAACUUCAAGAUGUACUUGGCCAUUUUCAGAAGGACUUCGAAGGAGGCGUGUCUGCAGAGAAUCUAGGGUCCAAAUUUGGUGGAUAUGGUUCAUUUUUACCUACGUACCAGCGCUCCCCUCUCCCCCAAACUAGAAGUCCACUUAAGGCAGCAAAUGCUACCUCAAAAUCUCCCUUCCACCAGUCUAGCGAGGGCAUGUCUCAAAAGCCUCCUGCUGUGACAGUUUCAUCUACCCCCCAAAGUAAUGGUCCUAUGGUGCCUUUUUCUGGCGAUUCAAUUAAAAAGGAAAUACGCCCAACCACAAAGGCUGAAGGGGGUUCCGUCUCCCAUGAUUCGUAUGGACCAUUGAAAUGUCAUGACCAAAAUAGACUUAAAGUCCGGAUAAAAGUUGGCUCUGAUAAUGUUUUGGCAAGAAAUAAUGCGGAUAUCUACAGUGGUCUGGGCCUUGAUAUUUCUUCACCUUCAUCCAUCGAGGAUAGCCCCGAUGGCCGUGGGAGCCUAUCCCCUGAAGUUAACAAUGUGCCACAUGAAUCUCCACAAACCAUCCUUCAGAUCAUGACAUGCUUUUCAGUUCCUGGAGGCUUCCUGUUAUCCCCUCUACCAGCCAAUAUCUUGCAAUUGACAAAAAAGGUUGUGGCUUCGUCAAAGAAGUGGGAAUCAAAUGUGCACAUAGAAAGUGUACAAGAACCAUAUGAAGGCCACACGACUAAAAAGGUAAAAUCUGAUGCUAAGAAAAAGAAGCUGAUAGAUGCAAAAAAUUCAAAGAACAGAAAUGAUAUUAGUGCAGUUAUGAAAAAGGAGAUUGAUAUAGAAACAGUUGCUGGUCAAAAGAUCGUAUCCGAAGCUCUCAACAUAUCAUUGCUGUCUGAUCCCAGAGCCAUGGAUGCAAAAGGUGAGAAUCGACUUGAAGUGGAACCAGCAGAAAACAACUUGGCGGGAACUAGAGAUGCCCGAUUGAAAGAGCGGUCCACUAAGACCAACUCCAUGCCAAUCAUAGUUGAACCUGCCAAAGCAGAGGCGACGGAAUGCUUAGAGAACAGUAGUUUUGGUAGUUCAGAAAUGGAUUUUUCAGCAGUAAAAGCGGAAUCAAAAUCCAAGGCAGAAAAGGGAGAGGCAACUUUAGAAGAGAGGAAUACAACUAAUGGCAAAGACCUAAUAUCGGAUAGGAAGCAAGAAAAGAAAAUGAAACCUGAGAGUAAAUAUAACGCCUCUAACUUUGAAGUUAGCAAUGUUAUAAACGAAAGAGGUCCAGCUGUUUCCCGGAGCAUGGGCAAAGUUUCUGGUAAAGAAGCCUUACCUUAUGACACAAAUGAGGAAAAUAGCUCCAAGAAUGAGGUCAAAAAAAUGCAGAGAGAACAAAAGACCAAUGCUUCGAGAUCUUCUGAUUUCCUGGAGGAUGAGAAACACAUUCGUUCUUCUGCUGCAGUUAAGGAGAGGAAAAGUGACAUGCAAUCCAAAUCUAGCCAUACUGGAAAGAAACCCAAAACAAAAUCACAUAGAGAUGUUAGGGACAACCUGCCUGAAGGAUCUCACGGAAGCAAGGAAAAAGACACAUUGGAGAAUGAAAGUGCCUUUGGAGAUCUCCGACCAAAGGAAAAGCCAUGGAAAUAUGACAUCGAGAGGGAUUCUGAUGCACCUGGGAUCUCUAGGAGGGAGAUUUCUUCUAGUGUAAAGCAUGAUAAGCACUUGGCUUCUGAGGAGCAGAAGAUGCAUAUACCUCCACCUUCCACUGUAUCAACUGCAAAUGCAGCUCCAGUUGUGAUAAAGGAGCAUUGGGUGAGCUGUGACAUAUGUGAUAAAUGGCGUCUCCUACCUUAUGAGAUGAAUCCUUCAGAUCUUCCUAAGAAGUGGAAAUGUAGCAUGCUAUAUUGGCUACCCGGGAUGAAUAGGUGUGAGAUUAGUGAAGAGGAGACUACGAAUGCUCUGAAUGCACUUUAUGUCCCUGCCCCUGCAAAUGGUAUUCCUGCAGUUGGUCAUCCUCAUGUUGCUUCAACAGGACUAGUAACAUCCAGCACUCCCAACAUGAAUGGACAUAUUGAGCAGAAUAGAAAAAGAAAAAAUAUUCCAAGUGAUGGAAAUUUUGUGGCUGAGGGUUCUCACCUAACACAGGUUUCAGGUCAUCCAAUGAGCAACCAACAUGCUCCUAGUAAAACUAAAACUUAUACUGAUGGUAUCCAGUAUUCGGCUGAGAGGCAUUCUGUAAGCAAAUCAGUUGACCCAAUAAUUGAAAAGAAAAGGUCCAAGAGCAAGCAUCACAGUAGCUAUUCUGAUGGAGGAGAUCUUGUUGAAAGACCUAAGAAGCAUUCUAAAGUGAAAAACAAGAGAGACUUAGAUCAUGAUGAAUACAAAGCUUCUAAGAAAAUUAGGAAAGAAGAGCGACACCAUUUUGAUGUAGAUCGGAUCCUUGGAUCUGAUUUAGCUAGCGGAGAUGUUCCUGAUGAGGCCAAGGCUUUGCCUGCGAAGUCAGCAACCUCAAAGGGUUCAGGUGAAAGGACUGACCUUUCUUCAUCAAAGCAAAAAAGUGCCUCACGGCAUAAUCGUUUGGAAACUUCCAAGAAAGCAAGACAAGAUGAUUUAGUUGGUCCUGAAGACGAGAGCAAGGGAUAUUUUCACCAGUCAGAUGUACAAAGAUCAGAUUUGUCUAGUAAGAAGAGGAUAGUGAAGGAAUGGGAGGAGAGCCAGCACAAUUCAGUAGCUCAUGUAAGCAAAGGAGCUGUCAAAGAAACCUAUAGGGACCAGAACUUAAAGGAAGCAAAGUUGAAAUCAUUGAAUUCUGAAGAGCUGUUUUCUAUGACGAGCACCAAACCACCAAAAGUUCAACAUGCUGAUCAGGUUUUGUCUUAUGAUGGGGGGCGUAUGAACAGUGAGUUAGUUGAGGAUAACACACUCUUUAGUGGCAAAAGAGGUCUGCCUGAACAAGAAAAGAGCCUUUCUGAUCAGGCUUUGGACUUGGGUGAACCUGCUAGUGAUGUGGCCUAUAUUCAGACUUCAGCUGUAACUUCAAGUUCUUCAAAGGCUUCGGUCUCACAAAAAAAGAAGCAGACCACUCAAGCUAUGAAGACUUCACCAAUUGAGCCUCUUUCUUCAUCACCACGGAGGAACUCCAACAUUGACAAGGUCUCUGUCCCUCAUAGUAGAAUUUCAGGUAAGGAUGGAUCUCUGAAUGCUAACUCAGCCACUGUGCCAAUCAUGGCAAAACAACUAAAUACUGAAGUUCGCGUAGCAAGCAAUGAUCAACGGUCUAGUGAACCUGUUUCGGUUGGUUCUCCCCGAAGAAAAUCUGAUAGGGAUAAUGGACUGGUUCAGUUAACUCAAGGUCAUGCCUCUGAUGGUUUUCAUCUUGAAAGGGGUUUCAAUGAGGACCUGCAGCCUGAAUCUGGGAGAAAGGAUUCCAAUGUAAAGAGCUCCCAUAUUCCUAAAGCUUCUCACCAUUUGCAUUCUGGUGAAAAAAACAACUACAAUACAGAUGGCUCUCCUAUGCAACCAGGAAAGCAUCCUGUUGAUCCAAAGACAUCAGUCUUGGAUAAAUGUGAUUCAAGCAUGCAUGAAAGUAACAAAAGCACAAAUUCUCUUCAGGAUAGAAAUGGAUCAACUCAUUGCCCACCAGAUGGAAAUCCUCUGCUCGGUUUACCAUCUGGAAAAGAGAAAUCAUAUAUCAACAGCAACAAGCAAGAUUCACAGAAGCCUAAACCCCAGAUGGUCUGCUCACCUUUGAAAGAAAACAAACUGGAUUCUCACUCCACACCAUUAAAACCUAAUGGGUCAAAAUUGACUCCACAAUCAAGACAAUACAAUGCUCAAAAUGGAGGACGACAUGGCACUGCAAAGCAUGCAAUUCCUAGUCCUGCUGAUACUUCUAGUCCAGCUAGGAAGGACAAUACUUCAACUGCAUAUGCUCUCAAAGAAGCCCGGGAUUUAAAGCAUAAGGCUAAUCGUUUGAAGGGAGAAGGAAAAGAGCUUGAAAGUACAAGACUCUACUUUGAGUCUGCCCUAAAAUUUUUGCAUGUUGCAUCACUUUUGGAACCUCCUAGCUUUGAUGGAUUGAAACAAGGUGAUGCAGCCCAGAGCAUGUAUUCAGAUACUGCAAAACUUUGCAACUUUGUUGGUCAUGCAUAUGAAAAAUGCAAGAAGAUGGCUGCUGCUGCUUUAGCAUACAAAUGUGUUGAAGUUGCUUAUCUGAAGGCUGCAUACUACAAACACCCAACUGCAAGCAAAGAUAGACAAGUGUUACAGGCAGUUGUACAGACUGCACCAGGUGAAUCACCAUCAUCUUCAGCCUCAGACAUUGAUAAUUUAAAUAACAAUGGAUUAUCCAAGGCCUCUUCAAGCAAGGAUGCUAAUUCACCACAAGUGGCUGGAAAUCAUUUGUUGCUGGCCGCUCGAAAUCAACCACACUUGAUGCGGUUACUAGCUUAUACAAAUGAUGUCAAUAGUGCCUUUGAGGCUACUCGGAAGUCACACAUGGCAAUUGCUUCUGCUGCUGGCAAUCAUGAAAAUGGAGUCGAUGGUCUUCCUUCAGUAAAAACAGUACUGGAUUUUAACUUCCGAAGUGUGAAUGAUCUACUAAGGCUUGUGCGAAUUUCAAUGGAGUCCAUCAGCUGCUGACGUGUUCAGAAUCUGAGAAAGUGCCACCCGUUGGAAGUUCCUGUUGGAUGUUUAAUCCAAUUAACUUUUCUUGAUGAAGUAGCAUGAAACUGAAUAGUUCAACAGUGAACAGUGUAAAAGCAUAGGUCUUCUCAUUUGAGCUUGCUGGUCAAUUUGUACAGAGACUGAUCGUGGAAUUCUUCCUUCUUUCUUAUUUUGAUGGCACCCAGUUAGUAUACAAAGUUGCAUAUCCACUUGGAUGAUUUAGUUAGUGAGGCCACAGGUUAAGAUGAGCUUUGCACUGCUCAAUGCUCGUAAUAGUUUUGAGGAAGAAGGAUGCUCUUGCGCAUGCAGUUGAUGAUUCAUUUGAGCAGUGCAAAAUGGUGUGUCCCUAUCUUGCGCAUGCAGUUAAUGAUUCAUCUGGAAAGCGGCUUGCUACUGAGCAUUCUCUUCCGACCGUAUCAUAGUUUCCUUUGAGCAGUACAAGAUGGUGUGUCGCCACUUCAAUUUUGAUGGGAGAGGACAGCAAAGCCAACUAAUUGUGCUAACCAAGAAAUCAGCUACUAUGCCAUGUCUUCUGGAUGAAGUUCACGCAGGUUUCAAAUAAGAAAUCACUUGGACUAUCGGACUUGUAUGAAUGUUGUACAAAGAUCUCUAAUGUACAUUAACCUUUUUUUUUUCAGCCAGCGCAUGUACAUGGUGGGGCAUUUGUUACCACGUGCUGGUCUCUAUGUAUGACGCCUUUGGUUCUGCCAAGCCUGUCUUUCAUUAUUCUUCAAAUUUUGUGAUAUUUAGUUGUUUAUUAAGGUAUAUAACGUUUAGUACUGGGAAUUUGUUGCAGAAUGCAAAAAUGAAUUCCGUGCUGUGCAACUUGUAUCUUAACUUGAGUUUCAGCUUUCA